GUAGUUUUUUUCUCAAUAAAUUUUGGUCCUUCCAAAGUUCUCCAUUCUACUCUAUUCCUACAUAUAUAUUGCCUGUUUCAUCUCUCUCAAAACAAAACAAAAAAAAUCAGAUUUUUUGAGUGCCACAAUUUAGAUCUUCAAUCAAUAUAAUUAUAUAAAUACUGUAGCUGGCCUCUUCAAAAUUGAUUUGCAAUUGACAUAAAAAUCUCAUACUCUUAUUGGACUUUAUUGCAUUGUCUGCAUUUAAGCAACACAACUAUUAGAAAGGACUAUUAAAUUAGGAUGGGAACAAGUGAUCAACAAAUUCAUCCUGCAGACGAAGCUUCUCCAGAAGGACUUCCAUCACUUAUCAGAUUCAUCAGUUCUGAAAUGGACCAUGAUUUUGAUGCCAUAGUGAAUGACCAUAUUAAUAAUCAGUCUGCGCUUGCACCAGAUUCUAACUCUUCAAACUCAGCAAUUAUGAUAUCUGAAGCUGCUGAUCGAGAGAGCGAAAGAGUUCAUGCAGUUUCCAUUAGCAUGCCACCCACUCCGAAAAAAGUUGGUUUCGCUGAGAACCACGAGACUAUAGAUGCUCCUGAUUCUGCUGCUGCUACAUCAAAAGAUAGGAAAACAAAGUUUUAUUCUCAGCCUAUGCCAAGAGCUAAUACUACUACUGCAUCUUCAGCUGGAGCUCAUGCAAGCUGCGAACUUCCUAGGCAUCCUAGGAUUACCAAGCUGAAGGAUAAAAGAUUUGACAGCUUCAAAACAUGGUCUGGUGGGCUUGAGAGACAAUUAUCAAAUUUGCGCGGAAUUAGGAACCAGGAAACAGAACAAGAGUCUGUAGCUCAACCCUGUGCUGAACCGGAGCCUAAUACUCCUGUUAAUAUUCCUGUGGAUCGAUUUUUUGAUGCCUUGGAGGGACCAGAACUUGAUAAGCUAAGGGCUUCUGAGGAAAGUAUCCUUCCAGAGGACAAGACAUGGCCAUUUCUACUCCGUUAUCCUAUUUCAUCGUUUGGUAUCAUUCUUGGCGUUAGCAGCCAAGCUAUAAUGUGGAAAGCCUUGGCCACUUCUGCCUCCACCAAAUUCCUUCACAUAAGCAUGGAUGUAAACCUUGUGCUUUGGUGGAUCUCUGUUGUCCUGAUGGUGAUUGUUACUUUUGCUUAUGCGCUGAAAAUCAUUUUCUACUUUGAAGCAGUUCGUAGGGAGUACUACCACCCGAUACGUGUUAACUUCUUCUUUGCUCCAUGGAUAGCACUUCUAUUCUUAGCACUUGGACUUCCACCUUCAGUCUAUCAAAACCUUCCUCAUGCUUUAUGGUAUGUCCUUAUGACUCCAUUCUUAUGUUUGGAGCUCAAGAUUUACGGACAAUGGAUGUCUGGUGGUCAACGAAGGCUCUCAAAGGUAGCCAAUCCAUCGAAUCAUCUCUCAGUUGUGGGAAAUUUUGUUGGUUCCUUGCUUGGUGCAUCCAUGGGAUUAAAAGAAGGGCCAAUUUUCUUCUUUGCUGUUGGAUUGGCUCAUUACACCGUUCUGUUUGUAACUCUCUACCAAAGACUUCCAACAAAUGAGACACUUCCAAAGGAGCUACAUCCUGUGUUCUUUCUAUUUGUUGCUGCCCCUAGUGUUGCUUCUAUGGCAUGGGCAAAUAUCCAAGGGUCCUUUGAUUUUGGUGCACGGAUUGCGUACUUCAUUGCCUUGUUCCUUUACUUCUCACUGGCUGUUCGGAUUAAUUUCUUCCGAGGCUUCAGGUUCUCAUUGGCUUGGUGGGCUUACACUUUUCCAAUGACCGGAGCUGCUAUUGCCACGAUCAAAUACUCAAUCAUGGUUAACACGGUUGUGACAAAGUGCCUGGUUGUCAUACUUUGUACCCUUUCUACAUUCACAGUGACGGGACUGCUUGUGACAACCAUCAUUCAUGCCUUUGUUCAAAGAGACCUCUUUCCAAAUGACAUUUCUAUUGCAAUUAGUGAAAGAAAGCCUAAAACACAUAGACGAUGGUAUCAUCAUAGACGAGCUGGCAGCACAGAUAUUGAUCAAUUCCUUAAGUAUGCUGAUUCUGCUGAAGCCAAAGAUAUCGAAGCAGCUCUAUCUGGCAGCGUAGAGUUAAUAAGCACCUCUGCUCCAAAAGAAGUUAGUCAAGAUUGAGUCGUUCUGUUUGAGGAUCCUGCAUUAAAAUAGCUUGCAUCGCUUGUAAAGCCUUGAGCUUUUAAUCAAGUGAGGAACACCAAGAGUUUGGUGAUCCUGUGAACUUGAUAUAGGAGAAGGCACAUGAAAGGUCUUGUAAAAAGAAGGAUGCAAGAGGAGGACGAGUGUCGUUCCAAGUUUGAAAGUUUUCCUUUUUGUAUAAAGUGUUUGAGAUGAGUAUCUAUAAUAAAAGGGUCCUUAGU